AUGUAGAGUAUCUUCAGUUCAAGCUCAAAGGCUUUCAAAAGUAAAAGUACAUCAUCAUAUUAAGUGUAAGAGGACUUUAUUUGCUACUUUUGGCAAGGGUAUAAUGGUAUGAGACAAGGGUAUUUGGUAUCUCGGGAGUAGUAUGAAAAGUCAAGCGAAGACUAAACAAUUGCCGCUCCUAUAAUAAGUUUGUUUUUACCAGCUCUUAAGGAUGCAACUCCUGCAAAUUUAUCAUAUCCUAAUCCAAGUGUCAAUUUGAAAAUAGUUCCCAAUAAAGCAACAUAUCAUAAACCUGGAGGAUUCAACCACUAUUCAGGAAUGGUAUUUUGCAAUUUCUUCAACAAAGAUGGCACAAUUUUCUAGCAUUGUCCAAGAUACCAGCUUGAAAGUGCGCUAAACUAACUAGAAAUUAAGUAUGGUUUAGAGAUCAAAGUAGGAUUCGAACUGGAAUUUAGUAUUUUAAACAAAGAUCUCACUCCAAUAGAAACAAACUGCUUUGCAAACAUCGAUUCAACAUUAUAAUACUAUUCGUGGUUAACAGCAAUUGCUAGUUAAAUGAAAUAACAAGACAUUAAAGUAGAUUGCAUUCAUAAGGAAUCAGCUAAAGGCUAAUUUGAAUUCGUUUUAGGAUAUAAGGAUGCAAUAACUGCAGUAGAUGACUAUCAUAUUGCAAGAUAAAUAAUAAAAAAUUGCAUAAGUCAGACAGUAGGAAACUCAGGAGAAAAGUCUAAAGUAAGUUAUCUACCAAAAGCUGACGAGGAAGAUUUGGGAAAUGGCUUGCACGCAAAUCUAAGUAUAUGGAAAGAUGGAGUAAAUAUCCUUGGGGACAAAGCAAAGGAGUAUGGAUUGAGCAAUGAGGCAGAGUCAUUUAUAGCUGGCAUACUCCAGCAUUAUGACGCUUUAAUCCACUUCUUAGCACCCUCACCUAAUAGUCUCAAGCGUUUUGUUCCUGACUUUUGCUCUGGAAUAUAUAAAAUCUGGGGAAUAGAAAACAGAGAGGCUCCUAUAAGAGUAAUUGAAUCUGAUAAGCCUGGUGAUAAUAUAAAUCAUUUUGAAAUUAAAUCUUUGGAUCAUACAGCUAAUCAGUAUCUUGCCUUAGCUGCUAUUGUGGUUGCAGGGAUGCAAGGACUUGAUAACAAACUUACGUUACCAUCUCCAUUUAAUGGAGAUCCACAUGACUUAACACCUGAACAAAGAGAUGAAAAAGGUAUCUAAUUGCUUCCAAAUACAUUCGAGGAGAGAAAAAAGGCUUUGUAGUCUAAAGAAGCAGAACCAUUUGUUUAAUUUUUUGGACAAGAAUUAAUAGACAAUAUUUUAUCAUUCUAAGAUAUAGAUUUCAAAGCUUGUGAAAAUCUCUCCUUAAGUGAGCAAGUUAAAUUUUUAGUUGACAAAUAUUGA